CGCACUGGUACACGCUCCAAGCUGCCGCACACAAUACACACGCACAAACAUACACCCGCGCGCGCGCACUACAAGGAAACAGGAUAAUGGCGUCUGUGAGUGUGGUGGGGCAGCACCCGGGUCCGCACAGACUGGACUCGGAACCGCUGCUCUUCAAACUGGCCAGAGGCAGAAAGAAAAUCACCCUGCCGAGGAAGUCGUCCUGGGAGAAGAUGAUUUUCAGGAGAAGCGGGGAAUGCGGGUCGUCCGCAACGGGAGGGCAAUCGGGAGCUCAUCCCUUGUCUCCGGGACCAGCUGGAGAAACAACAGCGAGAGGAGGGAUGAUGCCGGGUGAAGGAUGCGGAGCUCCUGCGCCACGUAGCAUGGACCAGGACCGAAAGAAGGGCAGCACGGACGGCGACAAGCGCACCGCAGCCGGAUCUGAAGAAAGCCAAACUGGGCACAUCCACAGUGACUCCAGCCCUGAUACAGUUAGUCGGAGAGGGACUUCGCUCAAGGGCUCGAGCAUCAACGUCAUGCCAAGCGGAGCGGUUACUAAUGGACACAAAGGAGCGCACCGAGACGCGUCACGCGGGAGACGGGACACCUGGAGCGGAGACAGCGGUCGUCAGAGCAUCUCCUCCUCGGUGCCACCAGAAGCACACGCCGGCAGUCUACCGCUGGAGCGGCUUACACAGGGCAGGACUGGAGUGGUCAAGCUGGCCCGCACCGAGCCUCCCCGCCGGGAGGCCUGGUCCAUCUUCCCCCGGGGGGUGGAUCCUCGUGUGAAGACCGAGAAGGGUGAAGGACAUCUAUUCGAGUCCAAGCCCUGUACACGCGACUGGUGUGACGCCUGUAGCCGUCAGAUCACUGCACAAACACUCAAGUGUCAAAAUUGUAGCUAUACUUGUCACCUGGAGUGUGAACGCCAGGUCCAGCUGGACUGCAACCGGAAGGACAGAGAGACGGAAGAAACUCCAUCUCCCAGAAGACGCUGCUCCUCUGCAGCCACUCGGCACAAGCAGAAGGAAGUAAAGGACGAAGGUGAGAGAGGAACCAGGGACUUGUCAGAUGAAGAGGUGUGGACAAGGAUUGAAGAGUAUAACGCUCAAGUCUCUGCAAAUGGCAUGAAACUGGCUUCAGAUGGAUCCUACACAGGCUUUAUUAAGGUCCAUCUGAGGCUCAGUCGACCAGUCACAGUCCCCGCUGUCGAGGCGGUGGAAUCAGAGGGAGCGUCCAGGCCGACGGCUGGCUGUACUCAUGCACCGUCAGAGGGCCAGGAAUGGACGGACUGUGGGCAGAGCGAAAAGAGGACAUCCUUCUACCUACCAUGUGACUGUGUGAAGCAGCUCCACAUCAGCUCUGUGACCACCACCAGAGAGGUCAUCCAGGGCUUGCUGAAGAAGUUCAUGGUGUUGGACAAUCCUCGUAAGUUUGCUCUGUACAGGCAGGCACACCGAGAUGGACAGGAUCUGUUCCAGAAGCUUCCUCUGAGUGAGCGCCCUCUUCUUCUUAGGUUGAUAGCCGGGCCUGACCCAGAGCAGCUCAGCUUUGUCCUGAAGGAAAAUGAGACUGGAGAGGUGGAGUGGCAUGCGUUCUCUGUCCCUGAGUUACAAAACUUCCUGGUAAUCCUGGGGAAAGAGGAGGCGGAGCGUAUCCGGGUAGUGGCGCAAAAAUACGCUGUGUACCGACAGAAACUACAACAGGCCCUUCAACAACAUGACCCCUAACCUCUUCAUCUGAUACCUUACGACCUUAACCCAGGGAGAGACUGACCCUUUGAAUGCCGACCCGCUCAAGACCCGUGAUCUAUUCAGAAACUGGAGCCAGAGCUGAGCUUGUCUCCACACUACACACACAUAAACACAUAAACACAUAAACACCCAAACAUACAGUACAUCCACACACAUCCACACAGAUGCAUACGCUUUCUCAGGACGCAUACAAGCCCCACCCACACAUCCACUCCCUGAGGAAAGAAUAAAGGUUGAAAGCAACGUAAAAGGCUACAGGGUGUGUGGUCUGAUAACUGAUUGGGCUAGCAGUAUUGCCAAGGACACACACAAGAAGAUCACAGCAACAUAAGAUCUGAAACUUGAGAGAUCACAUUCGGAACUGAUAUGAAUCAUUAGUGUUUUUAAAGAUUUUCUUUUCUUCUGCUACAUCUGCUGCUGCUACUGCAAGUGUUACUUAUGCAUGAGUCUCUCUCAGAUCAGCCCCCUGCACAUAUAGAGCUAAAAGUAAAAUAGAAGGUUUCUUUUGGAUGGAAGGACAAUCAUACGGAGUGUUCUUUUUAAUAGUUUUUUCUUGGAAUUGAUGUUUAGGGUUUUCACCUGAUGUAUUAUAUCUCAACUGAAAUAUAAAACGUGUGGAUUUGAAGGGAGAUGUUUGGUCAUGGCUUGAGGCAAAUGGCUGUGUUAUGCUUGGGAUGUUAGCAAAAGAAAGAAUGGUAAGAUAAGAAAGUGAGAUCCAUUCUCAGAUUUUUCUCAGGGAGCAUGCGUUGAGCAAAGAGAAAACCUAAAAGAGGCAAGAAAAUCAAUACAACACCCUAUUUCAGCCAACUUUGUCCCAAAUCCCCGCCUUUUUUAUUUUCCUACUUUAAUGCCAUGUGAAAAGACACUUUCAGGUGCUUCGCUGAAAGACCCAGUUACAAAUACUCUCACCACACACAAACCUAACUCUUCUCAGAUGAUAACAGUGAUUUUAUUUGACCUUCCUAAAUCCCCAUACAACCAACUUUGCAUGGACUGCUGAUUGAGGCAAUCCGCAUAUCUUUACAGAUUUGACACUUUAUUGUAAAAGUGAUUUUACACUGUUAUUAUAUGGGUUGUAUUCGAAUGUGAGGAUUUAUUUUACCAAAGUUGUGAAGAACAGAUUUAUUAAAAGGAUUUCAAAGGGAUAGCAGACAUUUAGAAUUGUAUCUAAUUAAAGGUGGUGUAUUAAAAAAAAAAAAAAAACAGCUUCUGUUUUGCACAUAUAGAUGCAGGUCACUGCAUAGCCCACAUCUCUGUGGGUGGGCAUGCAUUUCUGCUUCUCUUUUCUUUUGAUCUCUCCAUGUUACGCUCCAAAAAAAGAAACAAAGUACAUACAAUUCAUGAUAAUGGCUAUGAUGUACCAAUGACGUGUUUGCAAUGCAUAUGUAUUAUGUAGACACUGGAAAAAGAGUGACAAGGUUGAACUUUGUUGUUAUUACAUUGAUUAUUAAUAUAUUUUAGUAUCAUUCCGACCGGUUAGUGUGUGUGUGUGUGUGUGUGUGUUUGCGUGCACACCCAUCUAGGGCAAGGAGAAUAAUGUGAAUUGUGUUUUAUAAUGAGCAUCUGUAUGUUGUCAGUGCUCCCUCGUUGGGCCUCACUUAUCAAGUAUUAAAACAUGCAUUGAGUACACAUGUAAUAUCACAUAUCACAACUGCAAAUUAAGUUGUUUUGGAAAAGAUAUGACAUUCACAUAUCAUAAAACGAGUGCAUUGAACCAAAAAAAUUCUUAUUCAUCUUUUAUGUAAUACAAUAGAAAUACUGAAAAAUGAGGCCCGUUGUCCAUUAGCACAUGCUUCUAUGUUGAUUCUUUUUUUUAACACCACCACCCAAAGCCCGAGCUGUUCCUGCUGGCAGUGCCUUUUGUUUCAUGUGCCCCUGUGGAUCUAUGUAAGGUGUGUUUCAGCACACAGGUGCCUGAGUAUGUGUGGGUGCUUUUGCAUAUGUGCAAAUCUGUGUUUCUUGGGUGGUGUUGCAAAUGUCAUUGUUCUUUCUUUCCACGACCCUUCAUACAUGUGUCUUUCCAAAAACCUUUUGUAUGGGUCGGUGUGUGUGUGUGUGUGUGUGAGUGUGAGAUUGUGGUACGUGUUAUUUAUUUCAUGGUCCACCUCAUUCCUAUGAUAUUAUCUCAAGUAUGAUGAGACUCAAUGCUUAAUUCUGCAAUUCAUUUUGUUUAAUUUGAAGAAGUGUGUGUAUAAAUAUAGCAGUAGAACUGUACAUAAUAUCACAAUUAAAUAAAAAGGUCAUCCCUUUAUUGAAAUCUU